AUGCCAGGUGGCUACGAACUCCUCGCCCUAUUGGUGGAAGAUUCUCAUCACCGAUUGGUCACACCAAGCGAGCCCUCCGAGCCCAGCGAGCAAGGCGAAGCCGGACCACCCGACGACUUGCGCAGCCGUGCGUCCUCGCACGGUACCAGCAUGCUGGACAACCAGCUCGGCCAGCGCUACGACGACCCUGACCUGGCCAAGCACACGGAGAAGCUGAUGGGGAAGGAAGUGCCGCUGCCCAAGCUCACGGACAAGAAGGAGGAGUUCGUGCGCUGGAAGAGUGAGGUGACUCUGCGGUUCCCCUCGUUUGCGCUGGACGACAUCACGUACGGUGGUGAGCGCUACGACUCCGUACUUGGCUACACCAACACCAAGUACAAUACCUGGUACAACACCCGGCGGGUGCUGGCGUUUAAGGCGAUGGCUCUGUCGCUGGACAUGAACUUGCGUGACCUGUUCAAGGUCGACGAGCUGCGCGACCAGAUCGAGGCGCCGUCGCCGUUGUGGGGGCGCAUCACGGCGCACUUCACCAAGGGCGAUGGAGCCUACGUGAAGAAGAGCGAGGAGCUGAUGCGGCACCUGCGUGCCGCCAAUGGUGAGCUGGAGGAGUGGGAGCAUGCGGGCCUCCUGCUCUCUAAUGCACAGCUCGUCUUCCGCGAGUUGGCUGAGCAGCACACGGUG